UACGAUGGAACGUGUGGACAAAAUUUAUCACUCUUCCAAAAAUUUUAUGUUCAAAUACAUCAUCGCGUUGCUAUGGACCGGUUUCAACUUUGUCGUAUUUUGUAAAGCAUUCAGCAACUAUCAUCAUGAUGAAGAAUACUAUUAUCUUAGCCGAAUUCUUGGGAAUGGAUUGUGUGUAUCACGCGGAACAGCUCCCGUGCUUAAUGUGACCAUGGCCCUGAUAACAGUACCCACGUGCAAGACGUUCAACUUACUGCUGCACAAAUUGUUUGGCCGAUUCUCGAUGCGUUUGUUGGUUCACUAUUUGGAAAAAACAAAAGUGCUGCAUCUAAUACUGGGUUACAGUUUGCUGAUAGUUGCGAUUGUACACAGUGUGGCCCAUUUCGUGAACAUAGUUAACUUUGUGGACAAUUACGACGAACGCUACCGGGAGAUCAACUGGGCAAAUGGGCCAGAUGACAACAUUCUACGACUGCUGGUCGCUACACCGACGGGAUUUUCUGGCUGUAUUAUGCUGCUAACGCUGGUAGCGAUGGCUUACCUAGCCCGACGAUCGAUACGCGAUCGAUUUUACAACAGUUUCUUCACCUCGCAUCAUCUGUUUCUCCUAUUUUAUGGGAUGAUGUUUUACCACCCAUUAAGCAACAUCAUCAAACAUCAAACAAACACCGAUAAGCAUAGGAUUGCGUGCGAUCUUGUCGAUAACGUAACACUUCACAGUAACGAGGAUCUUAUGGUACUGUGCGAAGAGCCUCCACAAUUCGAUGCCGGUGUAAAACGAGCCUGGAUCUGGCCACUGACAGGAUUGUUGAUCUACUUGGUAGACAUUUCGGGUCGCUAUUUAACCUCCCACUCUGAGCGCUAUCGUGUAGCGACCGUUCAAACGUACGCCAUGACAGGACAUGCGGUUCAUCUACGAUUACAGUUUUGUAGUAAGACGAGCGUUAAGAUCAUCCCUGGACAGUACGUAUUGCUGCAGUGUCCAGUCAUUUCGACACUCGAAUGGCACCCGUUUACGAUCACGGAGCUUCCUGCGGAGGGUCGAAACGAUUUUACACUCACAAUCAAGGUUCGUGGCGAUUGGACCGAGGAGCUUUACGAUCGCGUUGCACAAAGGGAAGCAUUCAAGCGAAACCUGGGAGGCGUUGACCCGUACCGAAGGAUAGAGUUCCUGCUCGAUGGACCGUACCCGUCGGUCAUGAGCAAUAUGCUCGAUUGCAAGAGAAUCCUCUUUAUCGGUGCUGGCGUUGGUAUUACACCAUUUGUAACCAUCAUGCGGUUGCUACUUAGUACAAAUGUCGAUAAACCGGCUAGAGUUCAUCUCGUGUGGAUCGCACGCAGCUUGGAAACGUUUCUAUGGUUUGCGGACGAAGUUGCCCGUUUGCAGGAGAAGUUCUGGAGCCAAAACAAACCGGACCGCUUUUGGGUGAAGCUGUACUGGACGCAGAGCUAUGAUGAACUGUUGCUGGCGGAAUGUUUUGGCGAUAUGCCAUCGAUCAAAUCUCGCAUGCACCGUGGCAGGCCGAACUGGAACGAUAUCUUUAUCGAUCUCGUCACUCUGUACCCUCGAAAAUCGGUAUCCGUUUUUAGCUGCGGCCCAAAGGAACUGACGAAAGAGAUUCGACUAAAGUGCAAAGAGUACAGCAAGCAUGGUUGCAAGUUAAGCUACUUUCACGAAGGAUUCGGAUAG